GUGCGAAGUAUCAAAACCAAGUAAAACCCACACACAGGACAAUAGUCAAAACACACCUUUUUCAGGUUGUUGGGUCUUCUUAAUGCCGGGCCACGGACUGUCUCGGAUGCGAGUCGGAACCAUACGGGAACACAACCAACAUAAGAGAACCGACUUGCGCCCUCGUACCAUGUGUAUACACUACCAUUUUUCUUACGAAUUAACACUUGGACCUGCACUCCAUUAUCUAUGUCGAGUAUGCUGAGGACUGCCCUUGUUUGUGCUGGUCCUGCCUGCCGCAUUGGCAUUCUUCAUUCUGGAUUGAGCCUAGCCCCUAAACUAGGAACUACGUUCGCAACACGAGCCCUCAUCCAUAGUGGUCAGCCAAACAACAACUCGUUGACAGGGAAACAAAUCAAUGAACAAUCGGCCACAGGAACGGAGGGCUUCCAUCUCAAAGAUUCAGCUACAUCCAAGCAGGGUCUGACUACUCCUGAUGCAGUUAGCACAUUGCCACCCUCCAUCGUCCGAGGCGAUUGGGUUCUAUUUCAUCCUGUAUACUCCCAGGAGGAAAUCAAAGCAGUCGAGGUUCUCCAAAGGGAAGCGAAAACCAUAUCGGACAAAAUUGCGUAUCAUCUCGUCAAGUUGACAAGAUGGGGAUUUGACCUAGUGUCUGGUUACAAGCAUAAGCCGAUCCCCGCUCAUAGCAAGAUGUCGGUCGAAGAACUGAGGAAGGGCGGAUAUACCUUGGAUGAGAAGGCGUGGUUAAAUCGCAUCCUUUUCUUGGAGACAGUUGCCGGAGUGCCCGGAAUGGUCGCGGCGAUGCUCCGUCACCUCACCAGUUUGCGUCUCAUGCGUCGAGACUCUGGUUGGAUACAUACAUUGCUGGAGGAAGCCGAGAAUGAAAGAAUGCAUCUAAUGACCUUUAUGACCUUGCGAAAACCUUCAUUAUUUUUCCGAGGCCUGGUUUUAGGGGCGCAGGGCGUGUUUUUUAACCUAUUUUUCUUAUCCUACAUAAUAUCGCCCCGCACAUGUCACCGAUUUGUUGCGUACCUAGAGGAAGAGGCCGUCUUAACCUAUACUCGUUGUAUCCAGGACAUCGAAUCUGGACGUCUACCUGAAUGGAGCAAUAUGCCUGCUCCGGAGAUUGCCAAAGACUAUUGGCGUCUAGACCCUGGCGCCAAGCUACUUGACGUCAUUUACGCUGUGCGGUCUGAUGAAUCUACGCACCGAUUCGUGAACCACAGUUUUGCUAACCUGAACACCGAGACUGACGUAAAUCCUUUUGCCCUCCGAGAACCGGACAUGCUUGUCAAAGGGCGCAAGCUUGGAUUUACGAGGGAGGAAGCCGAACAAUACGUGCAGGAGUCGCACAAGAUGCUUGAGCACGGUAAAGCCGACUCGAAAUAGCCGGUUGAUGAAAUCUCCGAUCUCGGACCAGGCCACGGACCGUCGCAUCCGUUAUACGUUAAACCCCCACUCGAUUUACAUACAUAUACAAUAACAUAUACUUAUACUUAUAUAGACAUAUAGACACUGCCGCGAUGAACCUCUGAGAACAAAUAAACUACCGAGCAUGGAGGAACAAGAACGCAGCCGAAAGAACCCCACACGGCCGCCAUGUGCAUGAAGAUUCGAAAGUACACAAGGAGAUUUACGUUUAUCCUUAUUGAUUUAGUCACAAGGAGGAUAAGGUGCCUAGAAGUCAACUACUUAGAAGUAAUGUAAUAGCAGGACAAACCCUAAAGUUAGGUUAGGGUUUAAUGACGUGACGGUUAGCCACUUUGUUAAACCAAC